CGAAGUUCGACACGGUUAGGAUGGGACGCCAAAGAGAGAAAUUGAUGUCUUUCUUGGAACUUACCGAGCUAGAACCUCAAUCCCACAAAGAUGGUUAGAAUAUGCUCCAAGCAUUUUUUGCAACACGAUUUCACUACUGAUGCUAGUGGAAGAACUUGGCUAAAACCUGGUGCUGUUCCAAAGUCCAUUUGGCCAGUUGUUUCCUCUCAAUGUACAUCAUCAUCAAGUAUUGAUAUUUUCCCAAAAUAAGUUUCUGUGAUGCCAAAAGGUAUUGCAAGCUCCCUAGAUGAGACUGGCAGCUCCAUAAGAAGCUCUUGAUC